AUGGAUGUCUUCAAACCCGCUUUGGACAAUAGUUUGAGUCCCAAGGCGUGCGUGUCCUCAUCGGAAGAAGCAGAAGCAGAUGUUUUUCGCUGGCCGACACCGCAGAAUGGGAUCAGCGCCGCGCGGGAUGCGGGACCCGCUGCGCCGGGUUUCUGGACGGCCGUGUUCGACUAUGAAGCGACUGCGGACGAUGAGCUCAGCCUCAGGAGGGGGGACCUGGUGGAGGUCCUGUCCAAGGACUCCCUGGUGUCGGGAGACGAGGGCUGGUGGACCGGUAUGAUAGCAGACCGGGUUGGCAUUUUCCCGUCUAAUUAUGUGAGCAAAGGGAAUGGCAUCCCGGAGGAAAUCCGGGACACCUCGGAGCAGCAGUACUCGGUGCCUCCUCUGCACCUCCUGGAGAUUGAUUUCUCAGAGCUGACCCUGGAGGAAAUCAUCGGGGUGGGUGGUUUUGGGAAAGUCUACCGCGCAGUGUGGCGUGGCUCAGAGGUGGCAGUGAAGGCAGCGCGCCGGGAUCCGGAUGAGGACGCCGAGCAAACUCUGGAGAGCGUGCGUCAGGAGGCCAAGCUCUUCGCCAUGCUCAACCAUCCCAACAUCAUGGCUCUGCUGGGGGUGUGUCUGCAGGAGCCCAACCUGUGUCUGGUCAUGGAGUACGCCCGGGGCGGCCCCCUCAACCGGGCCCUGGCGGGGAAACGCAUCCCUCCCUGCACGCUGGUGGACUGGGCCGUGCAGAUCGCCCGGGGCAUGCACUACCUCCACAGUCAGGCCAUCGUCCCCAUUAUUCACAGGGACCUCAAGUCCAGCAACAUCCUAAUCCUCGAGAGGGUUGAGAUGGAAGACCUCAGCAACAAGACUCUGAAGAUCACAGACUUUGGCCUGGCUCGAGAGUGGCACCGCACCACCAAGAUGAGCGCCGCCGGCACCUACGCCUGGAUGGCUCCUGAAGUCAUCCGCUCGUCUACAUUCUCCAAGGGUAGCGACGUUUGGAGUUACGGUGUGCUGUUGUGGGAGCUGCUGACUGGAGAAGUUCCAUUUCGGGGUAUCGACGGUCUCGCGGUGGCUUAUGGAGUGGCAAUGAACAAACUUGCUCUGCCCGUCCCCUCUACUUGUCCUGAGCCCUUUGCACGUCUCAUGGAGGACUGCUGGAGCUCAGACCCUCACUCGCGCCCACAGUUCACGUCUGUUUUGGACCAUCUGACAACCAUUGAAGAGUCAGGCUUUUUUGAAAUGCCAGCAGAGUCCUUCCACUCUCUGCAGGACGACUGGAAACUGGAGAUCCAGGAGAUGUUUGACCAACUGAGGAUGAAGGAAAAGGAGCUGCGAUCGUGGGAGGAGGAGCUGACCCGAGCGGCGCUGCAGCAGAAGUGUCAGGAGGAGGCGCUGAGGAGGCGCGAGCAGGAACUGGCCGAGCGUGAGAUCCACAUCCUGGAGCGAGAGCUCAACAUCAUCAUUCACCAGCUCUACCAGGAAAAGCCUCACGUGGAGAGCAGGCAGGGCAAGUUCCGCCGCAACCGCCUUAAACUCAAGGAUGGGAACAGGAUCAGCCUGCCUUCAGAUUUUCAGCAUAAAAUCACUGUGCAGGCGUCUCCCUCGCACGAUCGACGGAGGAGUUUGCUCAGCAGCAGCUCCAGCCCUCCAACCAGUCCACCGAUACUGCCCCGUCUGAGAGCCAUCCAACUCACUCCGGGAGAGGGGUGUACAGCCUGGGGUCGCAACACAGGUUUUCAGCAGGAUGAUGAGGAGGUUGAGAGGAAGGGCUCCAGGAAGAAAGGCAGAUCCCGUGCCUGUGGCCAAUACAGGGAGCACAGCGCUGAUGACAGUGUGAAGCCUCCCCAUGAGGGCAGCAGGCAGCGGUCCUGCAGCGCUCCAAACCUUCGCAGAUCCCCGAGACACAGUCCAGCGGUGCCUGGGGUGCCGAGCCUUGUGGAGAUGGAAAAUGAAGACUGCUGCUUCACUACUGAGCCAGGAGCAGCUCCUGGUCAGUCCUACCUCUGCAUCCCCUUCCACAAGGAGGGUCACUCGGGGGUCGCUGCUACUGCUGACAGUGAGGGAGAUGAGUACUGCCCCAGUGGCCAGGUGCCAGGGACGCCACCGUGCAAGAAGAGCCCAGCAGGGGGUCGGCGCUCUGAGCUGGUGCUGCUGGGCUGUGGAGCUCUGCUGGCAGCCGUCGGACUGGGAUGCAACCUCUUAACUUUGGCCCAACCGGAGGAAAGCAUUAAAUCACGAUGGGAGGGCUUCUUCCACAGAACAGUGGGGCAGAGGCGAAGCACCAGCCCCCCGACUCGCAGACUGUUCCGGCGGGAAAGCCCGCUGAAGCCCUCGGCGCCCUCACUACCCGAGCGAGGCCUACCCUCUUCCUAUACACUGCUGUCCUUAUCAUCAGUGUCUGACUGCAACUCCACCCGCUCACUGCUGCGCUCCGACAGUGAGGAGCUGUUAGUGUACCGCCCCGCCUCACCACCCGCACAGGCCUCUGUCAAACUACAACAUCAGGCCAUCCAAACCCCAGUCAACCCGCUGGUCAACACCCACCUUGAGAGCUUCAAGCGUAACCCUCGCCAGUCUCUCACGCCCACCCAUGUACCCUGCGCUCCAAGUUCCUCACGUAGCCUGCGCCGAACACCAUCAGACGGAGCCAUCAAGAAAAGCUGCCCACCUAAUAAUCUAGAACCUUUGCCAGAAAAAACAACAUUGCAGAACACAGGCGGCUUCAGAGGUUUAAAAGAAGACUGUCAUGAGGUCCCCCGGCUCCCGGAUCCCAAUAUUGUGUUUCCUCCAACACCUCGUCGACGCUGUGCUCCUGAACGCCCCAAAACCCUGGACUUUGUAGCCCGGCCUCGGCCUUCGCCCCGGGCGCGCUGUGAUGUGUUUUGGGCAGAGGGGAGGCCCAGGGGAAAUGGACAUAACCUGGGUAACGGCGAGUCCCCCGCCCACACGUCCAGCACAGAGACUCCCCCCACUGUAGAGUUUGGGAGAGACCCGGCGGUGCUGCCCACCCCCAUGGAGGCCCCGACACCCUACUCCCCCCGCAGGAAUGAAAACCUGUUGGAUCAUCAGGAUGAGGGACAGUACCGGGAUGGAACCGUACCACUCUGCAAACCGGAGAUCAGCUUUCCCAAAGACUCACCUUACCGCUAUAGACCUGGAUUUUGGUCCUAACUUGGCCCCAGCCCUUCACUGGUCCAACACAAGGAGGGGACUGUCCUUGUUGUUAGCCUUUGGAUUGUUACAGGUCUGGGUCAAUUAGUAUUUAAAAACUGAGUCUUUUUUUUAGCUUUAAUUGGUACUUAAUGAGGGUGGUUCACCUUUCUCCAUCUACAAUAUUGUCAAUAAAUUACAGGUAGACAUUUACUGUGCAUAUU